ACCUGCCGCUCCCUGAUGAUUCAGCGUUCAGCGAGUCGACUUCAGCAGACAGCAUGUAUCCGCAGUGCUCGGCCGUCCCGUCUUCGUCUCUCCAGCUGCUGCAGCUGCAGCCGGCCCGCCUCAUGCUUCAUCAAAGCUCAGACUGUCUUCAAAGCUCAGAGAGUGUUAACAACGUUGUAAUCUCCUAAAGCUGACCAUGGAACACAAACAGGAGCCGAUGGGACGCAGACAGACGCUCUGUGAUGCUCUGGGUUAGAACUCUUCAUCCUCCAGCAGGACAGGAUGACUGAGGGCACGGACGACUUCUCUGCAGGGCCGCCCCCCCCUCCUGCAGCGGCCUCCCCCACCAGCUCGACUGUCGACACCGGACGAGUCCCCGAGGAGAAACCAAAGGAGAAACAGGAAGAGGCAGAGGAAGAGGAGGCAGCUGGUCAGAGCGGGGAGGAGGCUGCAGAGGGAGACGCAGAGGCCGGUGCUGAUGAUGGCGAGCACAUGGGGGCUGUGGGCAUCAUGGCGUUGGCGGGGAGCUGCUGUGUGUGCGUAGAGAUGGAACAGAUUAGAAACUGUGUGCACUCAGAGAAAAUCUGCAUCCUGCCCAUCCUGGCCUGCCUGCUCAGCCUCGCUCUCUGCACCGCUGGACUCAAGUGGGUCUUUGUGGAUAAGAUCUUUGAGUACGAACCACCCACUCACCUCGACCCUAAACCCAUCGGACAGGACCCUUUCAUCAUCUCAGCCGACCCCACACUGGGACUGACUGUGUCCGUCCCUCUCUCAUCUCUUUCCCCCACCUCUCUAACCUCAGCCCCCCUGACUUCCACCUCCCUGAGCCCCUCCAUCACAAUGGAACGUCAUGCACUCACACCGGGACAUCCAGAUGUUUUCCUGGAAGACAAAUCCACAAGAGGGCCGAAGGUUCCUCCUGAUCCCUCUGUGACCCUGAAGUACAACGCUGAACGUCCCAGCACCACCAAACAGACCCCCCACCCUCUGACAACACAGGAGACCAACGACAUCAUCCCAACAGUCUCUGCCACCAGCACCACCACUAAAGCGAAGACCUCCAGUCAUGUGACGCGCUGCAGCAACAGCCAGAGGAACUACUGCGUCAACGGAGGAGAGUGCUUCACCCUCGAAAUCAUGCCCGGCAGCACAAAGUUUCUCUGCAGGUGCUCGGCAGGAUUCACUGGGCACCGAUGUGAACAAGCUGUGCUUAAGAAAGUCUCAGACCCAAAACAAGCCGAGGAGCUGUAUCAGAAACGUAUUUUAACAAUAUCAGGAAUCUGCAUUGCUCUCCUAGUCGUUGGAAUCAUGUGUGUGGUUGCCUACUGCAAAACAAAGAAGCAGAGGAAGAAACUUCAGGACCGUCUGAGGCAGAGUCUGAGGACGAAGAAGAAGAAGCAGAAAAACACCAAAGCUGGUCCCAAACAGGCGAGCUCAGCCAGAGGACAACACAUCACAAACAUGCCUCUUCAAGAUCUGCAGCCUCAAUCUAACGGGACAAGCACGCAGCAUGCAGCUGACAAGGACACGGAAACAACCUUCACAAGCAAGAAUGCCUUUCCUGCUCAUGAACACACAACGUUCACACACGUCUCCAGCCAAAGGUUUAUACCAUCCCUGACAUCCCCUGGGUCCAGGACGUCCCUUACGACUCCAGGGUCUCCUCCGUCAGAGAUGUCCGUCCCCCUCUCCAGCCUGGCUGUCUCUGUCCCAUCUGUGGCUUUAAGCCCGUCUGGGGAAGAGGAGCGCCCCCUGCUGUUGUUGAACAACCGUCGGACACGAGAUGAACAGAAGAGAUCCUCUGCUCACUACAAUCACGGCCACGUGGCUCACAGUUUACCAGCGAGCCCACUAUUACCUGACAAGAAAGGUGACUGCCAAGUCAUAGGUGAGCAUGAAGACACCGCUGGCAGCCAGGUGUUCUCACCUGAUAAUCUACCUGAGACAAAUAUGAAGAGAGCAGAGGUCACACACAGUAUGGAGUCCAGCUGUGAUAGCAUGCCAACAGAUGACAUUCAUGGGGAACAAACGCCCUUCAUCGCCACAGGAAGUCAGUCAGCUCGGCUGCUUGAGGUUUCAGAUGUCAGCAGGACUAACACAGCGGCACCACUCAAUGACCGGCGAGACGAAUCUUCAUGUCCCACCAACAAACCAGAUCCAGAGUCAGUGUGAAAAAAAAGAAUAGUCACCAUUAAACCUUUAUUUUCUAUAAACAAUUUGCUGUAAAUGGAAAAUAAGACUUUUAUUUUAGUGAUGUAGUAAAUACAGAGUUUUAUAAAAAGUAAAAAUGUGUUCAUGUCUUGUAGGUAAAGUGCCAUACGCUGGUAUGUAGCAACGGUUCACAGUAUAUUUCAGUGCAGAACUAAUAUCAAGGUGCCUUUCUGUUUGUUAUGCUUAACUGCAGCAAUGCAUUCUGGGCCGUAUAUUCAUCAUCUUAAUGUUACAGUCAUCAAUAACCUGCUGGCUCAUUUUGAAGUACCCACCGAUGACAGAUUGACGAUAAACGUUGGCCUUUGAGGUGCAUGCUGCGUCCUUAUGCUGUCAUGAAAAAGAAACACUCAUUUCCUCUGCUGGUUGAUCACCUUAUGAACACCUGGACUGAUGUCAACCAUGAAUCAGCUCAUUACCUGCAUUUCUGAGAAGAUAUUCAUGAUCACAAUUUCUAUUGCUGACUGUUUGAUCCAGAAUCUUACAGGAAACUGUGAGAUGAAGGUGCAGUCAGUAAAUAUUUAUUAAUCAUUUAUUACUAAUAAUGUGCUCAAAUCAAAUCAGUUUGUUAAUCUGAGUAAUUCAGAUUCAUUGUUUUUAUAAAACUAGGAAACUGCACUAACGAAUUCAUAACGUAAAGAUAAAAAAACUAGUAAUGUAUGCAUAAAAAAACAAAGAAUGUAAAGCAGCGGCCUCAACAUCCUGAAAAGAAAAAUUUGCUGGAUUCUACAUUUUCACAGAUGUUCAUAAAUGCCUUUAAAAUCUGUUUAACGUCUUUUGUAAUGACUCAGUUAAACUUAAGCAUGAAGACCAGCAGCUAUAUUCUUCCAAAGAGAACGAGUGCCCUCCAUCCAGUCAUGGUGCUGAUUGCAUCUUUAAAUGUGCACUACACAGAAGAAUGAAUAAAUGUCUAAUUUUGUCCGUCCAGAAGUCGUCAUGUGUUCCUGAGCAAUGCAUUCUGGGGUUCAAAGAAACUGGUAAAGAGACAAAAAUGGUAAUCUGUUUUCAUUUUUUUAUCUUGUCGUAUAUUCUGAUGAGUAAUUGUACUUUUCUGAUAUCUUACACUUCACUUCUUUCAAACCUCCCCAUCUUGUGUUAACGUGUGCGGUCAUGUGAUAAAAAAACAGCCAAAAUGCUAACAUGCUAACAUGAACAUCUAACUGACUCUAAACUCCAGAUUGAACUUAAUAAAAUAACAUUUCUUUGACUCUGUAAUCAAACAUAGACUCUUCAGAUGUGUGUGUAGAAUCAAUCUAGUAUAACAGUAUGACAUUGUGCUGACCUAUAAGGAGUGCUUUCAUAGCGGCCUACUUCUGAAUUUUAUAUUUUAUUAUUACAUAUAAUUAAUUUGGUUGUUAUCAAUGAAGAAAAUAAUAAUUGCUGUUAUAAAUUAUAUUUACGCAGACAGGAUGUUAAAGAUAUAAAGCCAUGUUUGCGACUUGGUUAUUAAAGAAAACAAUACUGUGCAUAUUUUGUCACUUGUAUGUUAAAUAAGUCUCAUUUCAUUGCUUUAAAUGAUGUUAAUACACAUGAAAACCUGCAAUGGCUGUUUUUUCUUAUUACAUAUUAAAUCAGUUUUGUGUUUUGUG